AUGGAUAGUCCGUCAGCAACCACAAGAGUAAUAAGUUCAGAAACGUAUGAUCAAGAGACAGAUUGCGUUGAAAUAUCAAAAAGAGUUUGGCAGAGCAAUGAAAUUGAUGAAUAUACAUCACAAGAUUACGCACCACAAGACAGUUACCAGGGUUAUGAAACUGAUGAAUAUAGGUCAGAAUUAAACUCAGAGGAAGAAACGGUAUCUACUAGUUCCAACUAUUACUCAGAAUCAUCAAUUAGUAAGCAUGAAAAAUAUUUAAAUAAAAAAAAAAAAAGAGUGGCAAUACCACUUCCAGUUUCAUAUUCUCAGUUACGAAAACAGCCUCCCGAUCCUUUUCGUAAUUGUGAUUUAAAAGCAGCAUCGGGAACGAGAAAUGCAUUCGAUUUAAUGUACACACGUGAAAAAAAAAACACAAGAAUUUCUGAACAUGAUGAGACUAAUUCAGUUGAUAUUAAUAACAAACGAGUUUUGUAUAAGCGUCAAAAAGUUAACACGCAAGAUGAAUCAGUUGGACAAUCAAGCGAUACUUCCAAAAGCUCAAAAGUAUCUAAAUUUGGUGGAUCUUUACUUCGUAGCCCCGUUUGGAAGUGGUUCGAAGAAAUAUAUGUCGAUAAUACUCGGCAUGGUCAGUGUAAUGUUGAAAUGGCAGAUAAAAAGCCUUGUGAUACUAAAGUAAAGACCGGCAAUUCUACAACAGCCCUAUGGAGACACCUUAAGAUUGAACAUGGAUACUCUGGAAAGACCGAGCAACAAACAACCAUUACAAAGGCAUUUGAAGCUUCUUUAUCGAAGCCGCAUAGCAUAACUGAACAGGCCAUUCGUGAUAGGGCUAUCAUUGAAGUUGUUAUUUCCCAAAAUCUUACAUUUUCAUUUACAGAAGAUAAAAUGUUUAAGCGAUUUGCGAAAAUUGUGGACUCACGUUGGACUGUACCAAGUAGGGGAAAGGCAGUACAAUCAUCAAUUCAAGCACAACAUCAAUUGAAUAGAGAAAAGAAUUCUACAUAUAAUACAUGGGUUCGAAUGCUCAAGCUCAAACCUUACAUUGAAAUACUUGCAAGUUCGCUUACUGUUCAGCAGGAGAAAGAUGCAAUCGCAGAUGGAAAACGUCUAAAAGCAAUUAUGAUUACUGAGGAUGAGUGGAGCGCAGUUGCUAAUAUAAUUAAAAUUUUAAAACCUUUUAAUGACAUAACGAAUUAUAUUUCAGGCAGUUCGUACCCGACUAUGAGCAUUAUUUAUCCGACGAUGAGCACUCUUCGGAAUGCUUUACUGAAAGAAUUUGAAGAUGAAGAUAUUAACGGUGAUUUUACAGAUGAACAGAUAGAUAUUAAUACUAGUUCAACAAGUUUAUUUGAUGAUGAGGAAGAAUUGGAUGAAGAUGCAGAACAAUUCAAGUCUCCAGUUGUUACAACGGAUCUGGUCGAAAGCAUUAAAAAAAUAAUGGCAAAGUUAUUUUUGAAGUAUUAUAAGUUUUCUGAUGAUGAAAUAUUACUUAUCGCAACGGCAAUUGAUCCAAG